GUGAUGACCGUCAACUGCUACAACGGGUAUUUCGCGAGUUUGAGGAGGCAACGUGGAUCAGUCUUUAUCUGGAAGACGAGGUGGACGCCGGAGUUCAGUUGGAGCUCCUGCCAUAGCUGGAUCUGGAGUUCACCCCUGCCAUCGUGUACGACCCGGAGGCGGUAGCCGCUGCCUGCGGCUCCCUCCGUCAGAGCAUCACCCAAAAUCGAGUGGAGGGAAAGAUGGUGUGCGGAGCGGACGCAGAGUGGCAGUUUUCACCUCGUGGGCGGGAACCUGUAGCGACCUUCCAGAUUGCGGCUUUGAGGGGGCCGUCGUUCCUCUUCCACCUGCAGAGAGGGAGCUCUGGUUUUACGAAGGAAACAUUUCCCGCUCCCCUGAAGGCUCUUCUCGAGGACCCCAGCAUCAUCAAGGCUGGUGUUGCCAUCAACACGGAUGCCACGCAUAUGCUCAACGACAAUGGCGUGAAAAUGGCGAGCACGGUGGACCUGCGUGUCCUCGCCGUUUCCAAGUUGGUGGUGACAUCGUCUCGAACACUCGCCGGCUUGACGGCGUGCCUCCUGGGGAGGCAGCUGCUGAAAGACACCGUUCGAUGCUCCCGUUGGGGGAGCCCUCGACUCUCCGAUGAACAGCGAGACUACGCCAUCAGGGACGCCGUUGCCUCGGCACUCUUGUACGAGGCCAUCCACAAGAACAAGGACCCGAUCACGUCCGUGCCUUCUUCACCGUUCGACCCGGCUAUCGGCUUGAAGGUGCGCCUCUACAACGCGAGCCAUUCCGCCUGCGUGGCGGUAGGUCACGUGGUGUCCGACGCCACCGCGGAGGCCGCCCUUCGUCACUGGCAAAGUUCUGUGUCUGUGUUCUGCGGCAGGGGCGGCGGGGGCGACGGGGGCGGCGGGGGCGGCGCGGGCGGCGUUGCCGCAGUUCAGGGCCUGCACCGAAUGCGGACACCACAAGGGUGCAUACCCUGCUGA